ACCACUGUAUCAGAAAACCAAGAAAAAGUGGAGGAGUCUUUGUUCUCAUUCUCCUUGUUUUUUGUCUUCUCCGAAGAAAACUUCGUAUCUGAUAAAUGUUUGAAGAUAUGAAGGCAAUUAAUAAGAUCAAAGUCUCGUUCCAUCUUCUACAAAUUCUCAUCGCCUCGCUUUUCUUCCAAGCUGCUUCUUCUUCAGUGAAAGUGGAACCUAAAAUUGUUUCUCGUAUCUCAUUUGGUUCUUGUGCUAAUCAAAGUGCUCCUCAGCCCAUUUGGAAUGCAAUUGUUGACUUUGAUCCCCAACUUUUCAUUUGGCUGGGUGACAACAUUUAUGGAGACAUCAGGCGCCCCUUUAGAGUAUUUGGAAAGCAAAGGACAAUUGGCCCAUGGAAGAAUGUUCCUAGGUUCGUCCCUGCAUCUAAGGAAGAAAUGCAGUUCAGGUAUCAGUUGGCGAAAAGCAAUCCAGGAUAUUCUCGUCUUAGGAAGAAAACACAGGUGAUUGGCACAUGGGAUGACCAUGAUUAUGGAUUAAAUGACGCUGGAAAGGAGUUUACUGGGAAAAACACCACUCAACAGCUAAUGUUAGAUUUCUUGGAUGAACCAAAAAAUAGCCCAAGGCGCAAGCAGGCUGGUGUCUACGCCUCAUAUAUGUUUGGCCCUAAACGGAAACAAGUCAAGGUGAUUAUGCUAGACACCCGAUACCACAGAGAUCCAUUGUCAAGUGAUGGAAGUAUUUUGGGGAACUCACAGUGGGAAUGGUUAGCAAAAGAGUUGAAUGGGCCAAAGUCAGAAUUUACCAUUAUUGGAUCUUCCAUCCAGGUUAUUUCGAAUAUUUCUGCAACUACUGGACCCCUGUUUUAUCUGGAAUCUUGGGGACAAUUUCCGAAGGAGAGGAAGCGCUUGUUCGAACUAAUAACAAGGAGUAAGAGAAAUGGUGUCUUCUUUAUAAGUGGCGAUGUUCAUUUUGGGGAGAUAACUCGAUACGACUGCGGCACUGGAUAUCCACUGUAUGAUAUUACAUCUAGUGGGAUCACCCAAUCUGUGGAGAAGGCAAUCCCACGGCCAUUGGCAUUUCUGGUGAGAGUUGUAGCAUGGUUAACACCAACAACCAUGCGAGUUACUGGACCGCAAUGCCGAUUCAAGUCAUGCACAUAUGGGCAGUCGAAUUUUGGAGCAAUUGAGAUAGACUGGGAUGCUAACCCAGUGACUAUGAAGAUUCAAAUAAGAGAUGUUAACGGAAUUCCUGUUCAUGGUGUCAACAUUUCAGUCUCAGAUUUGCAAAACCAGGGUGUAAGCCAUCCAACCGCAGAAGCAGGAAAAUAUUUGCGUCACUGCUCUCUUGAAACUAGUCUACCUUGGCUCGACAGACAUUGCUUGAUAAUUCUAUUCGCAUGUAGUUUAGCAGGCGCACUUCUUCUUGUUAUUAUUGCUGUUUAUGCAUCAAUAUUGUUAAGCAGCAAAUUAGUUCGCAAGUGCAAGUUCGAUUAACAAAUGGUUGGCAGACAUGAAUCUGGUAUAGACAGAGUAUAGAUUAAUGUAAUAUUGAUACAUGGACAUGAUUUCAUAUUUUUAAAUUGAUAAUAGUUGAAUAUUUAUUCGGCUGUUAGAUUAGCACCACAUAAAGAAAAGAAAACCCAAGUUAUUACAGGUUGCACAUGAAUUACUUGUUUACCUUCUUCAGUGCAAGAUUCAAUUGGUGAAGAAUAUUGAGAGAUUCUCAUCCAUUUGUGGUGGGAUUGUCACAUCUAUUUCAAUUGGCGACUGUUGAGAGUU